CAUAACAUCAUCCGGGUCUCUAGGUGGGAAGAAGCAAAGAGGAAACAUCAGGAUCCCAAACUCUGAAGAACCAGAGUGUUUAUUAUAUGUUACACGUUCUGUAUUCUCACUGAUUACUGAAGAUGGACACGGACAAGAUUCAGAAGAUGGAGAGGAUAAUAAAUCUCUCCCUGAAGAUCAUCUACCUGCUGACUGGGGAGGAAUACACAGUAGUGAGGAAGACAUCUGGCGGGUAUGAGACAACCAGCAGUCGCCCCCUUUUGUCAGGAGGACUAAGCAGGACCCAGAGCCCCAUCCCGGUGCCUCCAUUUUACUCACUGAUACAUGAGAGAGACAAUGACCAGGAGAUCCUGGAACUCACUAACAAGAUCAUUCAGCUGCUGACUGAAGAGGAGGGGGAGUAUAUAGAGGAACACAGGUGUCUGUACAAGGACGUGAUGAUGGAGAAUCACUGGCCACUCACAUCACUGGAUGGGCCCAGUAACAGAGAUACCCCAGAGAGAUGUCCCCAUCCUCUGUAUUCCCAGGAUUGUACAGAGGAGAAUCACAGGAUCCCACAGGAGGAUCAGAGUGAAGAUCUGAUGGAUUUUAAUGGAGAAGAUAUAGAGGGAGAAGAAGAGACAUAUGUGAGGGGUGAUCAGCAGUGUAAAGAGGGGAAGAUCCCUACAGAUAUCAGCACAGCAGAUGGAUGUAGCACCUGGAAUGUCUCAGAGGUUCCUCUUGUUUUAUCUCCAGAUGGUGAAAUAGAAGAUAAAAACAUCACCCAAGACUUUACAGAAGAAAUCUCACUUACCCCAUUUAUACAUCCGGCACAUCACCGUACAGAUAUGUCACCUGAUCCCUCUGAUCAUGGGGAAUGUGCUCCUGAUAACUCUGAUGCAUCUGUUACAGCUCAUACAGUAGAUACAGUGUUUCCCUCUACUAUAGAUGCCAAAUGUUUUACACAGAACACAGAGUCUGUUACCCAUCAGCCAGGAGAGAAGCCAUUUCCAUGUUCUGAGUGUGGGAAAUGUUUUACAGAGAAAUCACAUCUUGUUACACAUCAGAGAAGUCACACAGGUGAGAAGCCAUUUCCAUGUUCUGAAUGUGGGAAAUGUUUUACACACAAAUCAGAUCUUGUAAGACACAGGAGAAGUCACACAGGUGAGGGAGUAUUUCUGUGUUCUGAGUGUGGGAAAUGUUUUAUACAGAAAUCAUAUCUUGUUACACAUCAGAGAAGUCACACAGGUGAGAGGCCAUUUCCAUGUUCUGAGUGUGGGAAAUGUUUUACACAGAAAUCACAUCUUGGUAGACAUCAGAGAAUUCACACAGGUGAGAAAAUAUUUCCAUGUUCUGAAUGUGGGAAAUGUUUUAGAGAGAAAUCAUAUCUUGUAAAACACAGGAGAAGUCACACAGGUGAGGGGGUAUUUCCGUGUUCUGAGUGUGGGAAAUGUUUUGUACAGAAAUCAGCUCUUGUUACACAUCAGAGAAUUCACACAGGUGAGACGCCAUUUCCAUGUACUGAGUGUGAGAAAUGUUUUGUUCAGAAAUCAGAUCUUGUUUCACAUCAGAGAAUUCACACAGGUGAGAAGCCAUUUCCAUGUACUGAGUGUGGGAAAUGUUUUAGCGAUAAAUCAUAUCUUGUUAAACAUCAGAAAAGUCACACAGGUGAGAAGCCAUUUCCAUGUACUGAGUGUGAGAAAUGUUUUGUACAGAAAUCCGAUCUUGUUUCACAUCAGAGAAGUCACACAGGUGAGAAGCCAUUUCCAUGCCCUGAGUGUGAGAAAUGUUUUACACAGCAAUCAAAUCUUGUUACACAUCAGAGAAGUCACACAGGUGAGAGGCCAUUUCUAUGUACUGAGUGUGGGAAAUGUUUUGCACACAAAUCAGAUCUUAUUAAACAUGAGAGAAGUCACACAGGUUAUCAUCCCCAAACAGAUGGCCAAACAGCGAUCGUGAACCAAGACUUGGAGACUUUCUUACGUUUAUUUAUGUCUUCUCAAGACGAUUGGCUGGACUAUCUCCCAUUUGCUGAGUUUGCCCAUAACAACCUCUACCAUUUUGCUACAAAAUCCUCUCCAUUCUACAUAAAUUACGGUUAUCAUCCAAGAGUACUUGACUUUCAACUUUUACCUUUGCUUGAGGUUCCUGCCACAGAGUUAGCACUUCGACAGUUCACCAGAACUUGGAAGCAAGUUCACGAGGCUGUGCGUAAGACGUCCAAGAGGUAUAAAACUUAUGCAGAUUUAAAACUAAAAGCUGUACCGAACCUUAAAGUGGGAGAUCGAGUUUGGGUUUCCACACGUAACCUGAGGCUGAAGGCACCUACUAAGAAGUUUGCUCCCAGGUUUAUUGGGCCAUAUCCAAUCGAGAAAGUAUUAAAUCCAGUGGCUUACAAGGAUAAGGAGAAGCUGGCUGCUCAUGGCAGGGGAAAAGCCAGGGGCAGACUCCCUCUACAGAUGUGGAAGAAGCACCCUGACCCUACAGUCCAACAGGAAGACAAAAUUAUAGAGCCCCCUGUGCCCCAUAACAACAUCCGGGUCUCUAGGUGGGAAGGAGCAGAGAGGAGACACCAGGAGGGGGAGCACAGGGGUCUGUACAAGGACGUGAUGAUGGAGAAUCACCGGCCCCUCACAUCACUGGCUAAGAGGAGACUGUCAUGUAUUGUACAGGGGAGAGCAGAUGGACCCAGUAACAGAGAUACCCCAGAGAGAUGUCUCCGUCCUCUGUAUUCCCAAGAUUGUACAGAGGAGAAUCACAGGAUCCCACAGGAGGAUCAAGGUGAAGAGCUUACUGAUAUAAAGGUAGAAGAGAUAGAGGGAGAAGAUUCAUAUGUGACUGAUAAUAAAGCAGAAGGUACAGAGAGAGAAGAAGAGACGUAUGUGACUGAUAUGAAGGCAGAAGAUGUAGAGGGAGAAGAAGAGACAUAUGUGACUGAUAUAAAGGCAGAAGGUACAGAGAGAGAAGAUGAGACGUAUGUGACUGAUAUGAAGGCAGAAGAUAUAGAGGGAGAAGAAGAGACAUAUGUGACUGAUAUAAAGGCAGAAGAUACAAAGGGAGAAGAAGAGAUGUAUGUGACUGAUAUGAAGGCAGAAGAUAUACAGGGAGAAGAAGAGACGUAUGUGAGGGGUGAUCAGCAGUGUAAGGAGGAGGAGAUCCCUACAGAUAUCAGCACAGGAGAUGGAUGCAGCAGCCGGAAUGUCUCAGAGGAUCCUCUCACUUUAUUUCCAGAUGGUGAAAUAGAAGAAAAAUAUGUCACCCAAGAUUCUACGGAAGAAAUCCUUCUUACACCAGUUAUACACCUGGCACAUCACCGUGCAGAUAUAUUACCUGAUCCCUCUGAUCAUGGGGAAUGUUCCCCUGAUCACUCUGAUAUUGGUGCAUCUGUUACAGCUCUAACAGUAGAUAAAAUAUUUCCCUGUUCUAUAGAAGCCAAAUGUUUUACUCAGAACACAAAGCUUAUUACCCAUCAGCCAGCUAAGGUAGAUGUGAGGCCAUAUGCAUGUCCUGAGUGUGGGAAAUGUUUUACAGUGAAAUCAUCUAUUGUUAGACAUCUGAGAAAUCACACAGGUGAGAAGCCAUAUUCAUGCUCUGAGUGUGGGAAAUGUUUUGCACAGAAAUCAGUUCUUGUUUUACAUGAGAGAAGUCACACAGGUGAGAGGCCAUAUUCAUGCUGUGAGUGUGGGAAACGUUUUACACAGAAAUCAGUUCUUGUUUUACAUGAGAGAAGUCACACAGGUGAGAAGCCAUAUUCAUGUGCUGAGUGUGGGAAAUGUUUUACACAGAAAUCGUAUCUUGUUACACAUCAGAGAAGUCAUACAGGCGAAAAGCCAUUUCCGUGUUCUGAGUGUGGGAAAUGUUUUACUCUAAAAUCAAAUCUUGUUACACAUCAGAGAAGUCACACAGGUGAAAAGCGAUUUCCAUGUUCUGAGUGUGGGAAAUGUUUUACACAUAAGUCAUUUCUUGUUAGACAUCAGAGAAAACACACAGGAGAGAGGGCAUUUCCAUGUCCUGAGUGUGGGAAAUGUUUUCCACAGAAAGCAUAUCUUAUUAGACAUCAGAGAAGUCACACAGGUGAGAGACUAUUUCCAUGUUCUGAAUGUGGGAAAUAUUUUACACAGAAAUCACAUCUUAUUAAACAUCAGAGAAGUCACACGGGUGAGAAGCCAUUUCCAUGUUCUGAGUGUGGGAAAUGUUUUAGACAGAAAUCAAUUCUUGUUAUACAUCAGAGAUGUCACACAGGUGAGAAACCAUUUCCAUGUUCUGCGUGUGGGAAAUGUUUUAGACAGAAAUCACAUCUUGCUGUACAUCAGAGAAGUCACACGGGUGAGAAGCCAUUUCCAUGUCCUGAGUAAGUGGAGUUACUCAGGUGGUACUUUGUGUGUUUGCAAGUGAGAAUAUUUUAUCCAAAAAAAUAAACAUCAGUAAGCAUAGUAUAUUUCAUGUCACAGGCUAUUUAUUGACCUAAUAUAAUAAUUAUUAGUUACUGUUUUGUCAAAUUAGAUUUUAUCAUUUUUUUUUUUUAAGUAAGCCUAAAGCUGGGCAUACACUAUACAAUUAUCUGGUAGAUUAUCUGCCAGAUCUGGCUGAUUGGAAUUAAAAUCUGGUAAUGAAUGAGAGCAAAUGACAAUCGAUCAUUUGCUCCCACACACUGGAAAAUGGACAAAACCUGUCGUUUAGACAAAUUGGUUAAAUCCAUGAUUUGUCAGUGGCUCACAUCCAAAUAUGUCCCACAUAACGUAAAAAAAAAUAUUAUAUAUAUAUAUAUAGUGGUGCUUGAAAGUUUGUGAAGCCUUCAGUAUUUUCUAUAUUUCUGCUGAAAUUUGACCUAAAACUAUCUCAGAUUUUCACACAAGUCUUUUCAUCCUGUCAACCUAAACCCAUGUCCCACCAUUUCACUGUUCAUCUUUUGUUUCUGUUGACCUUUACAUCCUAUUGAUCUAUUGACUGUCAAUCUAUUCACUGUCUAGUUAUAUACUGUUGAUCUGUUAAUCCACACCCUGCAAUUUCAUUUUAGAUGACAAUUGUUUUUUUUAGGCUUUGUUAAACCAUGCAUGAUAGUGUCUACUAUUGUACUGUAAAUGAUCAUUAGUAUUUAUUACAUAUAAUUUGAAAUUAUUUUCAAUGGCAAAUGUUAUGUCCAAAAAAUGUAUUUGUGAAAAAUAAAAUGUGUAAAUAUUAGACUGUUUUUAUUUAAAUGAUCUAUAAAUUCUCGUGCCAAAUAACCCGUAUUCCAAUUAAUAAAUAAACCCUACCCUUUGAUCCUAGUCCAUUCAAUGACUAUAUACCUACAAUCAACAUCAAGCAGGAGUGUAGUCAAGUGCACUUCAUUUACAACAAGAUGUUGGAUAUAUCAGAAGACAGCUGAAAAUAUAUUUUCGAUGGGCUAUUAUUUAAUUUGGCACAAUUAUUUUUUACUCGAAUCUACAUUUUAUUUAUAAUCACCGGGGAUGGCUAUGGGGUCCAGGUUCACGCCAAGUUUUGUGAAUCUCUAUAUGGGCCAUUUUGAAGAUGUAAAAAUUUGGGAUGGACGUAUACAAAAAAUUCAUUUGACUGGUGCAAUUAUUCAUAAUUAGUCAAAGCUCCACUUUGUGUCAAAAAUGCAAUGGAUACUUCAAUUUACAAAUGUGUUACAUACAAAAAACAACAAAUA